GUUUUAAAUUGAAUUUUUUGUUUUCGAAAAUACGUUGACAUGUCAAACCCUCGGUCGUGACUGUCACUAUUCGCGUUCAAUGGCAGGCAAUUGGAAACAUUCGGAAUAAUUUGGAGCUCUGAUUGGUCAGUUGUUAAAACAAACCAAUAAUACGAUCAAGUUGAGAUUCUGUGUAUUGAACGCGAGAUUGGUUUUUUUUUAUUAAUUCCGCAUGUCUCCACGUGAAUUUUAUGAAGUACAAUUGUAAGAACUUUGUAAUUUUAAUUAAAUCUUUGCAAUAGUUUACUAUAAUUGAAGUGUAUAAAAUAAUUUAAAAAAAAACAACGUAUAAUGGCUUUACGUGUGCAAUUUGAGAACAAUGAUGAUAUUGGUGUAUUCAGUAAACUAACGAAUACGUACUGUCUGGUAGCAAUUGGUGGAUCUGAAACAUUCUACAGUGUUUACGAAUCGGAGCUAGCUGAAACAAUUCCUGUAAUUCACGCUAGUAUCGGAGGCUGUCGUAUAAUUGGCCGUCUCACUGUUGGAAAUCGCAAUGGACUUAUCGUUCCUGGUUCCACAACAGAUGUGGAACUACAGCACAUCCGAAACAGUUUACCGGAAAGCGUAAAAAUACAUCGCGUGGAGGAACGUCUUUCAGCUUUGGGUAACGUUAUUGCCUGCAAUGAUUAUGUUGCAUUGGUUCAUCCCGAUCUAGACAAAGAGACUGAAGAAAUCAUUGGAGAUGUACUUAAUGUAGAAGUAUUCCGACAAACUGUUGCCGAAAACACAUUAGUGGGCUCGUAUACAGUGCUUAGUAAUCAAGGUGGUAUGGUACAUCCAAAGACCUCAAUUCAAGAUCAGGAUGAAUUAUCUUCAUUACUUCAAGUCCCAUUAGUGGCGGGAACUGUGAAUAGAGGAAGUGAAGUCCUUGCUGCUGGUAUGGUUGUCAAUGAUUGGAUUUCAUUAUGUGGCAUGAGCACAACAGCAACGGAAAUUUCUGUAAUUGAAAGCGUCUUCAGACUGAAUCAAGCUCAACCAUCUACAGUCACAACAAAACUCAGAGCUGCUCUUAUUGAAGAUAUGUCAUAAACUGAAAACAAAUGAGUUUUAUAUUAUAUGCCUAUGUAAUUUAGAAAAAAGUGAGCUCAGGUAGCCUUUUCUCUGUGAAUUAAUAUAAAACUUAAAAAUAUUAAGAA